AUGUUUCAACCAAAAUUCAAAUUUAGACCAAAUACAAAAGGGUUGAUACUAACCAAACCUGUAAUAAAUUUACCAACUACAUUUAAACAAAUUGAAGAACUACCUACUUUUAAAAAUAAAUUACUUGCAUAUUAUAAACGAUUCUAUAAAUUACGAAGAUUUGAAUGUAAUCCAACUUUAUACACUACCAAAGAUAUCCCAUAUAACACACCUGACCUUAAUUAUCAAGAUUAUGUUGCACUUUUAAAGAGAAAUUUUAAGAAUAUUUCAUAUAAUACUAAAAGAGAAGUGAUAUUAAACUUACCACCUUUAACUGAAGAAGAACUUGAAGAAAGAUUAAAGAAUACAUUAGUAUUUGUAUUUAAUCAUACUGUUGCUAAAGAUAAUCCACAAUCAGAUGAUCCAAUUUAUACUAUUGAAGAUUUAGAGAAAACAAGUAUAGACAAUGAAGAAACAAAAAUUAUUAGUACAAUUUUAAGAUUAGAUAAUGAAUUCCCAUCAGAAAUCAAAUAUGAUUAUAAAUUAAAAUGGUUUAUUGAAUUAAACAAACAAUUGGAUUCAGUUGAUUGGGAAAAAGGUCCUACUAAGAAACAAAUCAAAUACCCAUUAGAAUACAUGGGUUAUAAACAAUAUUUAAUUACUUUGAUGAGAUUAAAUGAAAGUUUGAAACUUUGUCUAUAG